AUGGCCACCAAGACGUUCAUCUCGGGCGCCGCCGGGCGCCGCGGGAGCGCCCGUGAGAGCAUCGAUCGCGCGUUGCAGGUCGAUGCACGCGACAACAUCCUCGAGAUCAUGGCUUCCGGACACCUCUCGAUUGAAACACACUCAAAUGCAUGUCCUCAUCCGCCUGAGCAUCCUGUGUUUGUGGUCUUGGUCGAGGCCGACGAAGCACUACAGUUGACGCUGGUGCAGCGCGACGAGGCCGGAGCCAUUUUGCCGAUCGGCUCCGACGCGGACAACCCGGGCUGGUAUCUCAAGCGCAACUACAGUCGUGUCUUUGGCCAUUCCAGUGUCUUGGAAAUCUACCGUGGCUUCCUCAAAGCCGACGAGCUCGCUACUGCAAGCCCUCUCCACACCCAGCGAUACCAGGCCGGUGGUGACAUGAAUCACCACACCAUCAAGAUCACCGCGUAA